AUGGCUCGGCUGCUUCACUUGUUGCUGCUCCUCUGGCUCCUGGCUCCAACUGCUGCUAAGAGGAGGCCAACCACAUGUGUGUUGACUGCCUCUUUACAGGGAAAAUGGGACUAUUACAAUCAUGGUGAUCUCAUUAUUGGUGGGGAUUUGCACCUGCAAACCUUUGUUUCCCUCAGUGUCCUAAGCUUUCAAAUAGACCCAUCCCAGCAUUCCUUCCUUACAGCAGUUGAAUCCAAGAAUUACCAGCAGUUCCUGGCCUUGGUGUUUUCAGUGAAAGAGAUCAACGAGGAUUCGAAUCUCCUUCCGAAUAUCACCCUUGGCUUCCACAUCUAUGACAAUUGCCAGAUUGAGAGGAAUAUUUCAUUAAUCAGCCUCUCCCUUCUCUCCACACGAGAUCAAAUGGUUCCGGGUUACAAAUGUGAUAAGCAGGAGCCUCUGCUCUCUGUCAUUGGAGGUCACAAUUCCAAAUUUUCAAUCCAGAUGGCCUCCACCUUCAGCAUUUCAAGGUCCCACAGAGCAUUCACAUCACCUUUUUCUUUCAAUGCUUGGUUUAAAGCAGAAGUGCUUAUUCUGUUUGGAGAAUCCAGUAGUAAUGCCUAUGUACAGUUGGCUGCAUCUAUUCACCAGCACUCGGGAAUAACAACAUUUAAGAAUGUUUGGAUCUUAAUUUCCCAUUCAAAACUUACUGUAAAGGAAUAUCGAGACUUACUGAAAAUUCUUCCCUAUUUGAGGAAUGUCCAGUUCAACAACAGUGUUGGAGAAAAUAUCUCCUUCUCAGAAGAUGGACUGGACUCUGCUCAUUAUGAUCUUCUCAACUGGUUUUGGUUCCCCAAUCAAUCUUUUGUCUCUGUCAAAGUUGGGCAUAUAGAUCCUGGGGCUCCUCCUGGCCAGGAUUUCACCAUUAAUUCAGAUGCAAUUGUGUGGCCUAUAAAGCUAAUCUCACUGUCGUUUCAGACAAAGCCUUUCUCCCGUUGUGUGAAGCAUUGCCUUCCAGGUCAAGCCAAGAAAGUUGCAGAAGAGAAACCGACUUGUUGCUAUGGAUGUGUUUCUUGCCCAGAAGGGACCAUUUCUAAUCAAACAGAUGCAGUGUACUGUGACCUCUGCCCAGAAGACCAAUGUCCCAACAAGGACAAGAACAACUGCAUUGCCAAGAAGAUCCACUUCCUUACUUAUGAAGAGACCCUGGGAUACAUUUUGGCUUUUCUAGCUCUUUUUCUUUCUCUAAUUACAUCUGCAAUCCUGGUGAUUUUCCGCAAACACCAUGACACACCGAUUGUCAAGGCCAACAACCGAGAUCUCACCUACAUCCUCCUGCUCUCCCUCCUGCUCUGCUUCCUCUGCUCCUUCCUCUUCAUUGGUCAACCCAGGAAGCUCACCUGUCUCUUCCGACAAUCUGCCUUUGCCAUUCUCUUUUCCCUUGCAGUUUCCUCUGUGUUGGCAAAGACUGUCAUGGUGGUUCUGGCCUUUAUGGCCACCAGGCCAGGGAGCAAGACAAGGAAACUCUUAGGAAAACCACUUACUAAUGCCAUUGUCUUAGCCUGUCCCCUGAUACAAGCAGUUCUUUGUUCUAUUUGGCUGGCAACCUCUCCUCCAUUUCCCAAUGUGGACUUCCACUCCUUGGUAGGAGAGGCCAUCUUGGAAUGCAAUGAAGGCUCAGCUUCCAUGUUUUACACUGUCCUCACCUACUUGGGUUUCUUGGCCCUCAUCAGUUUCACAGUGGCCUUUCUGGCUAGGAAAUUACCCGACAGCUUUAACGAAGCCAAGUUCAUUACUUUCAGCAUGCUGGUCUUUUGCAGUGUUUGGAUCUCCUUCCUCCCUACAUACCUGAGCACCAAAGGGAAGUCCAUGGUGGCAGUGGAGAUCUUCUCCAUUUUGGCCUCUGGAGCUGCUCUCUUGGCUUGUAUCUUUUUCCCCAAAUGCUACAUUAUCCUACUGAGGCCCAAUCUGAAUUGUAGAGAGAAUAUAAUGAGGCACAAAAAUCUUUGA